GAGUCCGAGCGCUUCGGCUGUCCGAACGAAACCAAUGGACUCGCGCCGGGGAGACGGGCCGCUGCUGCUGCUGCUGCUCCCGCUACUGGUGGUGCUGCUGGUGCCGCUGCCACUGCCGCUACUAGCUCAGGAGAGCACAGAAGCUUGUCCAGAUCUCUUGCUCAAGGACCAGCCAGUUGGCAUUCUGCUUUUGGUAAACCAAAGUUUAAAUAUUGCUGACAAGUGCAAAGAAUAUCAAUGCAUUAGAAAUGCAUCUACCGGCAAGCUACAAAUAACAAUAAACACGUGCGAUACGUUCCUGGACAGACCGCUCCCGGAGCGCUGCCGACCCGACUUCUCCCUGCGCUUCCCCGCCUGCUGUCUGCGGCCCAAGUGCCGCCGCAGACGGAGGCUGAGGACGGUGACGCCCCGGCUUCAACCGACUGGUGCAGCGACAGGACGGGGCACGAGACGAGACAGUUCACCUGCCUCAGCAAACCAGACAGAAACAAAACGAUCAACAAGUGGAGCACCUGAAGUUACCAAGGCGACGUCUGAUCUUGCCAGCACCGGGGUCACGUCGACCCAGAAGCCGCCCACAACACAGCGACCACAGCAAAGUCAGCUGACGUCAACGCUGCGGCCGACACCAGCGCAGUCGACACCGAAGCCAACAACAGCUUCACUUACAGCAUCGCAACCUACUGUGCCGCCAACAACAUCGUCAACAACAGAGCGACCACCAGUAUUGCCGUCAACAUCACGGUCAACAGAAUCACCGGUGACCACGCCGCCACCAACGCCAGCGCAGAGAACACCACCUGUACCGAGAGACAACAUCAUUCUGUCAACCGUUCGGCCACGACAAACGACAACUACCCGGAGACCUCGCGUGUUCGAUCCCGGUAGCUUACCCUUCGUAGGAUAUCUCCCGCCACCCAUCGUGUUCGAAAGUGCGCUCAGCACGUCUCCCAAGAGCAACAGAUCGAGGAGCGUUCGGACGUUUGUCGUUCAGUACGCCACGCCACGACCGCUGCCGUCCCCGGCAUCGAGAGGUAGUGCGCGGCGUGGGACGCGCACGUUCGUUGUCUCUGUGAGACCGUCCAUGGGGCGUCAGGUUUUCCCGUCCGCGAGACGCCGACGAAGGCGAGUGAGCCGACCCCUCACCGCUACUGGCCGCUGGCUCUUUCAGGCAAUGCUUACGCCAUUUACCAACUAGUCCGACAGAUGGAUAUACCUAUGCUAGUGGAUGUAACAAUAAAUGAAAACUUUCUCUGAAAUUCAAUA